GCUCGGAUCCUCUUCGCCAUCUCCUCCUCUCUUUUCUGAGUAUCUCGUCUUCUUUUUGGCUGCUCAAUCACUUUUAACGCAAUGGCAUCUUCGUCUGUCACGCGGUUCUCAACACUGCCGCUCAAGGACAAGGCGGCCGUCGCGACAAUCACCGGCCUUGCUAUGCUUGUCCGUCUCUACAAGAUCUGGCAGCCGUCCUCUGUCGUCUUUGACGAGGUUCAUUUCGGAGGAUUCGCUACUAAGUACAUCAAAGGCAGAUACUUCAUGGACGUCCAUCCCCCACUCGCAAAGCUCUUGAUCACUCUCACCGGAUGGCUUGCUGGCUUUGAUGGCAAUUUUGAUUUCAAAGAUAUCGGAAAGGACUACGUCAGCGCCGGCGUGCCUUAUGUUGCGAUGCGAUUGCUUCCGGGGUUGUUGGGAGUCUUGGUCAUUCCAUUGUGUUUCUUGACCUUGAAGGCGUAUGGGUGCUCGCGAUUGUCUGCUUCGCUCGGUUCUCUUAUUAUUCUGUUUGACAAUGCACUUGCGACGCAAUCGCGAUUCAUCCUGCUUGAUUCGCCUUUGCUGUUUUUCACUGCCCUGACUGCUUAUGCGUGGAUCAACUUCCAGAACCAGAUUGCCUUCACCCGCAAUUGGUACUGGUACUUGUUGCUCACCGGCCUCGGUCUCGGCGCUACCGUUAGUGUCAAAUGGGUUGGGCUGUUCACGAUUGCGUGGAUUGGUGUGGGUACUUUGAUCGACCUCUGGGAUCUGCUCGGAGAUCUGAAAGUGACGCCAAAGCAAUACGUCAAGCAUUUCUUCUGGCGUUCGAUUUUUCUGAUUGCGGUGCCUGUUCUAUUUUACGUCGGCAUGUUUGUGAUCCAUUUCACCUGCCUGGUCAACCCCGGUGACGGCGAUGGUUUCAUGAGCUCAGAGUUCCAAAACACGCUCAACAAUAAGGGUAUGGCUGACACGCCUGCUAAUGUUGCGGUUGGAUCGCAGAUCACGAUUCGUCAUUUGAACACGCAGGGCGGGUAUCUGCACUCGCAUGAUCAUCUUUAUCCCGGUGGAUCGCAGCAGCAGCAAAUCACGUUGUAUCCGCACAAGGAUAAUAACAACAUCUGGGUGAUUGAGAACGUGACUGAGUCGGAUGUUGAUUACAGAGAGACGGGGCCUAGAUACCUUCGCGACGGAGACUGGAUCAGACUGAAGCACGUUACGACCUCGCGCAGAUUGCACUCGCAUGACCUUCGUCCUCCGGUGACGGAAGCCGAUUGGCAGAACGAGGUCUCGUGCUACGGCUACGAGGGAUUUGGCGGGGACGCGAACGAUAACUUCCGGGUUGAGAUUGUGGAGAGUAAGACGGCGCCGGGCAAGGCUCGGGAGCAGGUUCGGGCGAUUGAGACCAAGUUUCGGUUGAUUCAUCAGAUGACUGGAUGUGCGCUGUUUUCGCACAAGAUUAAACUGCCGAGCUGGGGAUUUGAGCAGCAGGAGGUUACUUGUGCUAAGCAGGGGACUUUGCCGAAUAGUAUAUGGUACAUUGAGUACAACGAGCAUCCUUUGCUCGGAGAGGACGCGGACAAGGUCAAUUAUCCUAAAAUCUCAUUUAUGCAAAAGUUUUUGGAACUGCAAAAGGUGAUGUGGGAUACCAACAACGGGUUGGUUGCAUCGCACGCAUGGGAUUCGCGGCCCGAGUCGUGGCCGUGGUUGCGUCGGGGAAUCAACUUUUGGACCAAAGACCACCGACAGGUGUACUUGAUUGGAAACUUCUUUACCUGGUGGUUGAGCUCGUUUGCGAUCGUUGUGUAUGGCGCGUUUGUGGUUAUUCUCGUGCUGCGCUGGCAGAGAGGGUAUCCUGAUUACUCGAAGGAGGCGGUGAAGACGUAUAGUUGGAAGGUAGGGUAUAAUGUUGCCGGGUGGGCGUUGCAUUAUUUCCCGUUCUUUUUGAUGCAGCGACAAUUGUUUUUGCAUCACUAUCUACCCGCUUUCUACUUUGCUGUGCUGGCAUUUUCUAUCGGAUUUGAUAUUUUCUGCAAGAGUGUGAUGAAGAAGAAAGCGCUGGUUGUGGUGACUGGGGUUCUAUUGAUUUUUUGCACCGUGAGCGUGUUUGUCUCUCUAAGCCCGUUGAUUUACGGCGAGAAAUGGACGCGGGCCGAGUGUCAGCGAUACCGACUUUUGCCGCACUGGGACUUCGAUUGCAAUUCGUUCCAUACUGAUUUGUCAAUGUAUGAUGGUGAAGGGGGGAGUGGGAAGAGUAGGAUUGCGGAGGCGUUUGAGUCAGCGGCGGCGAAGUUGUCUGCGAGUAAUUCGGAGUCGCUGCAUGAGGCGGAGGAGACGCCUGUGGGGGGUGGAAAGGAGGAGGUGGGGGAGGAGUAUGUGCAGGUAUUUGAGGAGCACGAUGAGCUUUGAGUAAGUAACUAUUAAAAUUG